UAUGAUGACUCUUCGAUGUCUGACGGCAGUCUUUACGCGAGUGAUCAAGAAAAUUUGUCUACGCCUAGGAAACGGUCAGACUGCCGUCGGCUUCACAAGCGCAGGUCGCGGUGUCCCCAACAGCAGAUCCAGCAGCGUCAAGCAGCGAACUUACGGGAGCGCAGGCGCAUGCAGUCCAUCAACGACGCCUUCGAAGGCCUAAGGGCUCACAUACCAACCCUGCCUUAUGAGAAACGGCUGUCCAAGGUCGAUACUCUGAAGCUUGCGAUUGGUUAUAUCAGUUUUUUGGGUGAAUUGGUGAGAGCUGACAGAAACUCAUCUGACACAAUGCUGACGGGAGUCGGAAAUUCUAACAGCAGGGACGAACAGAAGAAAAUCAUCAUCAGAGCUCGUCAAAUAUUCGACGCGACUGGCAGGCCUACAGUGGAAGUGGAUAUGGUCACUGAACUUGGUCUGUUCCGUAUCGGAGUCCCCAACACCGACCUCAAGAAGCUGACAGAAGCGGUCCAACUACGAGACAAUAACCCGAAGGAAUACCACGGCCUAGGAGUCACGUCUGCCGUCAAAAACAUCAACACCAUUAUCGCGCCAGAGCUCAUCAAACAAAAUCUAGAAGUGACCAUGCAGAAAGAAAUCGACCAAUUCCUAAUCGCUUUGGACGGCACAGAAACCAAGUCACGCCUCGGCGCAAAUGCUAUCAUGUGUGUAUCGCUAGUGAUCGCUAAAGCUGGAGCUGCCAAGAAAGGGGUGCCUCUCUACAGACACAUUUCAGACAUGGCUGGCGUCACCAGCAUUAUACUGCCCGUGCCACAUUUCACUAUCCUUACUGGUGGAAUCCUGUCUUCCAACGGCCUACCCUUCCAGGAAUACAUGAUAAUGCCGACCGGAGCCUCCUCCUUCGCAGAAGCCAUGCGCAUUGGAACGGAAAUAUACACUUACGUGAAAAAUGUAAUAAGAGCGAAGUACGGCAUUGAGUGCACUUAUGUCAGUGAUAACGGCGGAUUCGCCGUACCUCUUCAGAGUCACCGCGAUGCGCUGCUGUUCCUCACAGACUCGAUCAAACAGUGUGGUUACACCGGCAAAGCAGAAAUAGCUAUAAACGCAUCAGCCACCGACAUGUACAAAGACGGCGCUUACGACUUGGAAUUCAAGAAUCCACACUCAAACCCGCAGGAAUACAUGUCUUCAGAUAAACUUGCCGAGGUGUAUUUGGAUAAUAUGAAGGAGUUUCCUGUGUGCUCUGUUGAAGACGCGUUCGAAUUCGACGAUUGGGCGGCAUGGACUAAUUUGACCGUUAGGACUGCCAACCAGCUUGUUGGAAACGAUUUAACUCAAACAAACAUAAGAAGAGUGGGUUUGGCGAUUGAGAAAAAGGCCGGUACCACCGUCGCUUUGAGAAUCAACCAAGCUGGGACUCUGACUGAGGUUAUAGAAGCGUUCAAGUUGCUGAAGUCUAGUGGCUUAGGAGCUAUAGUCAUGGACCGUUGGGGUGACACCGAAGAUCUGUUUUUGUCUGACCUGGUGGUGGGGUUGUCAGCGGGGCAGUACAAAUGCGGGGCUCCGGUCCGAGGUGAGCGAGUCGGGAAAUACAACCAUAUACUUCGGAUAGAGGAAGAAUUAGGAGCUCUUUCCAAGUAUGCAGGGAAAAAUUACAGAGGUCAAAUGUUAUAA